AUGGACAUGCAUUUCAUCUAUUUGUUUUUCGUCUUCCAAUUGAGCAAUGUUCAAACUACCACAGCGCAAACGGAUCAGACAGAACCGUUGGAUUUAUCAAUAUCAAAAGUGAGAGAUGAUGGGGAUGGAUCACAAUGCUUAUCAGUGGAAAGAAAAGAUGAAGGAGAGGUUGGUUUGCAAAUGCUUCAAAUAAAACCCCUAAAUUCACCAGUUCCAAAAGUGAAACAGGAAGGAAAUAAUUCGCAAGGCUUAUCAGUGGAGGGAGUGAGUGAUGAAAGAAUUAAACUUCGGCGACAAUUCGUUCCAAUCGAAACACCGGUGGAAGUGAUCGAGCUAUCAAGGCAAGAAAAAAGGACGAUAAAAAAGCAGCGUUGUGACAUAUGUCGAAAGGAAGUGGCAAAAAUAAAAGAACAUAUGACGACUCAUACCGGUGAGAAGCCGUUUAGUUGUUCGAUAUGCAAAAAGGAUUUCAGUCGCUCUUCGUAUGUGAAAGGACACAUGAGGACUCAUACCGGUGAAAAGCCGUACAGUUGUCCGAUAUGUAAAAAGAAUUUUACUCAGUCCCAAAGUAUGAAAGCACACAUGAUGAUUCAUACCGGUCAAAAGCCGUACAGUUGUUCAAUAUGCAAAAAGAAUUUUAGUCUCUCUGCGCAUAUGAAAGGACAUAUGAUGACUCAUACCGGUGAAAAGCCGUACAGUUGUUCGACAUGCAAAAAAAUUUUCAAUGAUUACUCGAAUAUGAAGAAACAUAUGAUGACUCAUACCGGUGAAAAGCCGUACUGUUGUUCGAUAUGCAAACAGAAUUUCACUCACUCCCAAAGUAUGAAAAAACAUAUGAUGAUUCAUACCGGUGAGAAACCGUACAGUUGUCCGAGAUGCGGAAAAAGUUUCAUUGUGUCCGGUAACAUGAAAAGGCAUAUGAUGACUCAUACCGGUGAGAAGCCGUACAGUUGUUCGAAAUGCGGAAAAAGUUACACCCGAAAACACAGUUUGCAGUCUCACAUGGUAACUCAUGUCAUAAAUAAACCUAUGCAUUGUAUUCAGUAA